AAUGCCUUGCGACUAAGAUGGCUGCCCCCAGCCGAUGUAGUGCUGUGCUUUUCCGCACAGUGUUAAGGUUCUGGCGCCUGGGCCAGGACGCUGGUAGGGAGAGGGUGGCCCUGCGCCCCUUGCUCUUGGGCUCUCAGUGGAGGUGUUUGUCCUGUGUUGUGGGAACCGCUCUUUCUGGCCCCCGCCUGGCGCCGGCCUCUCGCCGUUAUGGCCAGGGCUCUGCCCUCGAUCGCUUCCUCGGACUCUCUCGGCCUGACAGCUCCUUGCCCUCUCGAGUCCCCGCUGUGCCUUUGAACAGAGAUGAUCAGGAUCUCCUCUUGGUCCACUCCCCUGACAUGCCUGAGAAUCCUCGAGUCCUUCGAGUGGUUCUCCUAGGUGCCCCGAAUGCAGGGAAGUCAACACUCUCCAAUCAGCUGCUGGGCCGAAAAGUGUUCCCGGUUUCCAAGAAGGUACACACAACUCGCUGCCAAGCUCUUGGAGUCUUUACAGAGAAUGAGGCCCAAGUGAUUCUACUGGACACACCUGGCCUUAUCAGCCCCACUAAACAGAAAAGACACCAUCUGGAAUCCUCUUUGUUGGAAGACCCAUGGAAGAGCAUGGAAUCAGCUGAUCUGGUUGUGGUUCUUGUGGAUGUCUCAGAUAAAUGGACUCGGAACCAGCUCAGCCCCCAGCUGCUUCAGUGUUUGACCAAGUUCUCCCAAGUGCCCAGCAUUCUUGUCAUGAAUAAGGUAGAUUGCUUGAAGCAGAAAUCAGUUCUCCUGGACCUUUCAGUAGUCCUCACAGAAGGUAUAGUCAACGGCAAGAAAUUUGAGAUGGGACAGGCCCUUCGUUCAUACCAAGACACCUAUUACCUCAGCCGGGUAUCUAAAAGCCCAGACCCAGAGUCUGUGGGAAAGCCUCAGAGGACUGGUUGGCCCCACUUCCAGGAGAUCUUCAUGUUGUCAUCACUAAGCCAGGAGGAUGUGCACAUACUGAAGCAAUACCUCCUGUCAAAGGCCCAGCCAGGGCCCUGGGAGUUCCACAGUGAGGUGCUCACCAGCCAGAUGCCUGAGGAGAUCUGUGCAAACAUCAUUCGGGAGAAGCUUCUAGAGCAUCUACCCCAGGAGGUGCCCUACAGUGUGCAGCAGCAGACGGUGGUGUGGGAGAAAGGGCCAAGCGGGGAGCUAUUAAUUCUCCAGAAGCUUCUGGUAUCCAAAGAAUCUCAUAUGAAACUCCUGAUUGGUUUGAAGGGGCAUAUGAUUGCCCAGAUAGCAGAAGAAGUAGGCCGUGACCUCAUGAACAUAUUUCUCUGCGAUGUUCAGCUCCGUCUCUCUGUGAAGCUUCUCAAGUGACUACCCUCUACUGCCUUCCCGAGGCUUCCCAGGCCAACCUGCUGGCAGCAGCCCCUGACCUGCGGCCUGCAGGGACGGUGAUGGCUUGGACUGACUACUAUCAGUAGCCCUGACCUUGCCCAGUUUGCAUAGCCAUGUCUUCUGAUGGAGAAAGGAACCUGCCUUAAUCCAGUUCCCAGGGAGUCUUCUAUUUCCCCCUUCCAUCUAUUUAUUUUUAUUUUACUUUAUUAUAAAAGUUUUUUUUUUUUUCUUUUUCUCUUUACCAAAGCACUACUCAGCUCUGGUUUGUGGUGGUGUGGGGGAUUGAACCUGGGACUUUGGAGCCUCAGGCAUGAGUCUGUUUGCAUAACCAUUACGCUAUCUACCCUCACCUUCAGAACAUUCUUCAACUCUGGCUUCUGGUGGCAUGGGGGAUUGAACCUGGGACUUGGAGCCUCAGCCGUGAGAGUCUUUUUUGCAUAACCACUAUCAACCUCCCCCACCCUUCCCCUUCCAUCUCAGUUUCUCUCUAUCCAAUAAAUUAAUAAAAUAUCUCAAAAUAUUAGAAAAGUUGGCACUUUGGUGGGAGCAAUGCCAGCUGGCAUUGGGGCCCAGAGUUUCUCCCUGAGUUGCCAGUUAACAGAAAUUGUUUCCUUUUUCCCUCAGUUUCUCCACCUUGAAGCUGUGUAAGGACCAUGUGUCAUAAGUGACAAUGCUUCCCAUUUGCUCCCCAAUCCUUAUCCCGCCUGCCCCAUCUCUUUGCACCGUCUCAGAUGUUAAUAAAGUUAAAACACAAACA